ACGAGUAUUAACUACCACAAUACGAUCCAGUAUAAUCUGAAAAUUAAAAGAGUGAGGAAGAAGAAUCUUGAAAAAAUGACUUCGUGGAGUAACAUACAGUCGGGCUUUAACGUCGACGAUGAAACUAUUAAUUUUGGAACACGAAUAAUUGCAGAAAACAAUGGUUCUCUGUACGAGGCAUGCACCGUGGCAACGAUUCAAUCGCAUGAAAAGGUGGACCAACAACCAAAUGUCAUAGCAUCUAUUCAAUAUUCCAAGAUUUGUGUAGCAAUUGACAAGUCUAUUACAAUCUUUAAAGAUGAAACAUGUGAUGAAAUAUUAUGUAACAUUAGCUUUCCCUCCAUGAUUGCCAGUUACUGCAUUUCCAAGGAUGAAGGUAUUAUUACUAACAUUGAGGCUGGUAUUACCGACACGUUUAGAGUAAAAACGAUAUUGGAAAGUAUUCCCGAAAUACGUUUAGCGAAAUUAUUAAAGAAGAGACAAUUUGAUGCAGCUGAAGCUUUUGCAAGAAAAUCAAAUCUUUCAAUGGAACUUAUUUAUUGUUCUAAAGCAGCAUUACUCAUAGAACAGCUUAGUCCUUGGGCAAAAUCUACUGCUAAUUCGGUCAACGUAGAUACAUUAAUAAAUAUUCUAAAUAAAAUACAAAACGUGCAAUAUGUGAUUGAAUGUUGCAGUAAAGCCCUCAUUUCUGAUUAUAUACAAAUGAGACGUAUAUAUUUAUAUGCUCGACAAAAAAUAAUGCAAAAUAUUAAGAUAAAAAAUAUAGAUGAUUCGUUGAAUACCAGUCUAUCUAUAAUAAACGACGCUUUAUAUAGACUUGAGACUUUCCAUAUGAUUCAAGAUACCGAGACAGAUACGCUACUGAACAAUGACGCAAGUAUGAAAGAAUGGAUACGAUUUUCACAAGCAAAUUUAUUGGAAGAAUGUACUACUUGUUUAAAUAUGGGUCAACUUAAAUCUGCUACGUUAAUUUGGACGAGACACCUUCCUGAUUUUGCAAAACAUAUAUCUAUACAAACUGUACAAAGUAUUUUUACAAUUUUACCUGACGAUGUGGAUCCAUCGUGCUUGUGGCCUUGGCUUAUUCAUUUUAUACCAACAUUAUUAUCCUUACUGCCUGAUGCAAUAAAUGAGAUUAUGUCUUGGAGUUUAAAAAAACUAAAAUAUCUUGAGAUAUCUCACCAUAUGGAAUGGCCAGAAAUCGGCAUAGAAUUUGCUAGAAAGUUCAUAAAAUUGUUCAAAUUCGAAGAUAAUCAGUUAGUAUACUUUCAUCAAGAAUACGGAUAUCAGAACUCUUUAUUGAAACAGUUUAUGGUCCUAUUUCAAGCUUUAACCGACAUUCAACAAUUGAAGAUGGUUCACAGAUUGAGAGUACCUCUUGACAUAUAUAUUGAUUCACCUGUAGAAGCGAUUUAUAUGUUGUUGGACAAGAUACAUCUUGACCAAAUAUCGAAUUUUGUAAAUACAUUCCUAAAGCAAUAUAUAUUUAAUAACAAUUUACAAAAUGAUACUGUUUUUUGUACGUAUAUUCAGAAAACUAUAAAAAAUUCGUAUAGUUGGUGGUUUAAUGAAGAAGCUGCAUGGGAAAAAAGAGUUACUAUUAUAAUAAGCCUUAUACAUAAUAUAGAGAAACGACUGGAACAAACUUUAGUAGUUUUAAGAAAAGCUCCAGUGCCCUGGAGUUCAAUUAUAGCUACGUUAGCAGAAACAAGCAUUAAUUACGAUCAUAAUUUAUCUUUUAAAAUUAAAGCUGAAUACGAUUACGUUCCAACAAAACUUAUCUUAAAAAAAUAUGGAUAUGCGAUGAUUGGUGUAAAUAAUAGAUUGAUAUCACGCAUAAUAAAAGAAAAUCGUGAUUCUAUGAUUAACGAUAUAGAUGUGCUAACUAAAGACGAUCAACAAUUAAGACAAGAUGCGUUUUGUCGGUGCAUAAAUGUUCGAUUAAAUGAAAACUUUCUCUUUUCAAAUAUUAAGGAGAACGAUUGGUCAGUAAUGUACAAAAUGGUUAUUAAAAUUGCCGAAUUGUUAGAAUUAGAAAAAUCAUAUGCCACUUUAUCCAUGUUAGAACGGAUGAAAAACUUAACGGAUUUAAACGGAUUAGAACAUCUUGUUGAUGAUGAUAACGAUUUAAAUAUGACGUCUAAAAAAUUUAAGAAUAUACGUAAGAUAUGCUUAUCGAUAUUACAACAUUCUUCUGUAGAUACCAACGCUGUAAAAAUUGUCAAAAGUUUAAGUAUAUCGAUAUUAAAUACUUGUCAAGACAGUGAUUUACAAUCUGCACUAAUGGUUUACAUUUGUGUCAAUGUAUAUCCAAAUUUUCCUAUUCAAGAUUGUUUUGAAUCAAAACAGAAACUUGUAUCGCAAUCUAAUUGGAAGUUAUAUACAAUUUAUAAGGAUCAAGCAAUAUCUUUGGAUGAAAAAUUGUUGUUCCUAUUUAAAGAUGCAAUGUCUUUGCACUUAUAUUAUUCAAAUCAAAUCAAUAUUGAUGAAAUUACAAAUUGCGAUGAACAAAUGGAUCAACUCUUAACUAGUUUCUUGGAAAAUACAAGAAAGAUGCAACCUCAACACAAUGAUUAUUCUUUACUGCAAAUUUUCAAAACAUUUUAUUUCAUAUACUAUACUAGCACGUCUGUAAGAAAUGAAGAGAGAUUAACUGAAAUUAAAUGUAUAUUAUCACAGCUUCUAAUAAAUUUAUUGAGAAAGUUGUGCACUGGACGAUCGUUUGAUUUGCAUUUGGGACUGUCGGCUCUCUUUAUGUUAUCUGAACAAGAAGCGUGCAGUUGGCUUUCCACAGUUUCUGCAUCAUUUCAGAUCGAUCAUGUUCGACAUUGUACAUUUUCAAGUUUAGGAUAUGAAUAUUCGCGCUUGGGGCAAAAUCGAUCAUUGAUACAGACGUUUGAGAAUUACAAGCUACUGCAUAUUUGGGCACAACGAUUGUCAAAUUACUCGAUAAAUUCUAAAGAGGUUUUAAUAAAUAGUGCUUCGAGCAAAAGAGAAAUUUUACAACAGAUCAUAAGCAGUAAUAAAGAGAACAUGAUUCCCUUACUAAAGGAUUACUGUUGUAGCUUUGGAUUUAAUUUCAAUGAUUGCCUUUUGCAUUAUUUACAAGUAUUAUUAAAAACAUGGAAUCCAACGAUAAUCAUUUCGAAUACAAGCGUAAAUAAAGAGUUACUUAUUUGUAAAGAGGAAGUCGAUGAAUUAAGAAAAAAAUGUAAUGCAGUCGUUGCGCAAAUGGAAGAUAUAUCUAUGUUGAAGCAAUGUAUGUCUACAUUAUGGCAACACAUCACGUUUUACCAUUAUGAAGUAUUCAUUAUAUUAAUGGAUCUCAUAGGAGAUAAAAAUAUAGAAAAGAGGAAUUAUCUCUGUUUUUUGCAAAAUUACACUCGGAGUGGGCCUCCUACAUCAAUGGAACAUGAUGAAUGGGUACAGCUUAAUCCUGGACAUAGUACGUUGCCGCCGAUAGCACAAUGGAGACUUCCAUUCUUGCUUAAAGUCGAUAUUUGGAAAAUUAUUACUCCUGAGUUAAAUUUAAAAACCUAUGAUAAAUGGCUUGACAUUGCACCUGUACUUAAUUUAGAAGCACAUCUCAUAUGCUCAUUAGCUAUUAAGGGUGAAAUGGCAAAAGAAUGGGCAAAUAAUUCUAUUGAAUCGAAAAAUACUACAUGGUCGCUUUAUUCAAAAAACUCCACAUUGCUGAAAGAUAGCAAAAAAUGUAUACAACGGCUGACAGACUCAGAUGGAUUUUAUUAUGGUACUGCAGCAUUAUAUCAUAUCGUAAAUUAUACACCUCCGGGUGCUGAUCGCGUUGCUGCCGCAAAAGAAUGUUACGAGUAUGCUCAGCUAGCGGCACAAAAUUCUAUUAAGUUCAAAGAAGGAAAGGAGUUAGAAAAAAUUAAAUCCAAAUAUUUAACAUUUACGUCUGAACAUAUUCUACGUACGUACGGAUUGGAGAAGGAUGAAUAUCUUGCUCUAAUCGAUCAUCCGAGUAAGCUAGUAUACGCAUUGUAUAAUGACAAAAGUAUACCAUUACGAUAUCGAACCGCAACCAAAUAUAGACCCGAUAUUAAUGCUGCUGUUAACGAGCUGGGUAAAUUGUUUUCGUUGAAUAUGAUAAAAUUGCGUAUGGAUUUAUUGGAAGAAUGGCUACAAUCCAAUACCAGAUACACUGAAUUGUCUCAAAGCUUUACAGAGACGUUUCUAGCGCCAAAAGAAUCUGAUCAGAAUACAGAUUGUGAAGAUAAUUUACUUAAGAUAUGUUACAUGCUAGAAUAUGGAGAUAUGGAUUUGUUUACACAAUUUCUCAUAAACAUAGGCUUUGGCGAUCGUCACGGCGAUACUGAAUAUAAUUGUAACGUACGAUAUCGAGUAUUUCAGAUAUUGCAAACUGUCGUAGAUACUUCUACGUUGGAGGAAUUAAUCAAGCAAGAUAUAUGUACCUUUAGAAAAUAUAUGAAAUCGUUACAGUACAUUGGGAAAUUAGAAUCAUUAGGAUUAUGUUAUAGUAUUGAUUCAUUUGAAACGUGUUGUAAACGGGAGCUUGUUCAGAUCUUAUGGAAAAGUCAGCGUCACUUACCCUAUGCUCUCUCUGUUAUAGCGCAGAUUUGCAUCGAGUUUGAAAUAAAUGAUAUUCUACUUUGGGAUAAUACUUUAACUCAGAUGACAAAAUUACGAAUGGUAAGCGACUUAAAAAAAGUUUUAUUACAAUUACGAAAUAAAAAUGGCAUUGUGAAUUGUAAUGGUUAUAAAAUGGGAUGGCAAUUGAUUAUCUCCGAACCAUUUAGCGAGAUGGACAUAAAUCCAAAUCUGGAGCAAAUUAAUAAUUGCAUAGAAGCGAUUUGUCUGCUAUAUUCGUGUCCUGUGGCACACGAAUUAGACUUCACCGUAAUCGUGAGAAAUUGUUUUCAAAGUAAACAGGCGCACUUAGCUGCCGCACUUUUACCAUUUUUAAAUGAUAUCGAAAAUAAGUUUGUUUUAGAGACUAUUAAACAAGAGUAUCAAAUCGAAAAACUCAUAAAAGAUUUAAAUCAUUUGUCUUCAAAAGGAGUGCUGACAAUUACACAUAGUCUCGCCAUGGUGCAAAAAUCUAUAUCGUCGUAAGGGUUAAAAAACGAA